AUGGUGGAGACUACGGCAAUCAGGGAGUGUAACGCGCCCUUCGCCAGUGAGCAACAUGCAGGACUCGUCUGCGUCUUCGCUGGUGCCACGAGCGGCAUCGGCGCUAGCACGCUCGAGAGGAUGGCACUUAUGCUGCAUGCACCAACGUUCUAUGUCCUCGGGAGAUCAGCGGCGCGUUUUGCAAGCCAGCAUGCGAAGCUAGAAAGUCUCAAUCCAAGCUGCAAGGUUGUGUUUCUUGAAGCUGAGGUCUCACUACUUUCCAAUGUCGAUUCCGUGUGCAACCAGAUCACGGCUGCUGAGCAGAAGGUGGAUUACUUAUACAUGACUGAACGGACCACAAUAGAGAAGUCCAUGCAUGACGAAGACAUCGGCCUUGAGCAGCGCUGGUCCCCGCUCGCAGUCGUUAACCACACCACCACUAUGACCAGCCUGGCGCUUGAGCACUUUGCUGCGAAUGAUAAGCAGAUAACCUUCCUGCACGCCUUUCCUGGUUGGGUGAGGACAGACAUCUUCGCCCGGCGGACUGCACCAGUGUCAUCUGGAGUAGCAUGGAGGGUAACGCUGGCAGCAAUCCGCGGCCUUGUUACUGUGGUGAUGUUGAUUUUUGGCAUGUCGGCGGAAGACAGUGGCGAGAGACAAGCCUUUCACCUGACCAGUGACAGAUACAGUCCAGGCGCAUGGCGCAUCAGCCCCAAAAGUGACCAAAUCUCCGCACCCGGCGUGCUGGAAAAAUAUAGAGAACGCGGAUGGCCAGAAAGAGUCUGGGAGCACACUCUUCGCGUCUUCGACAAAGCCUUGGCUAUAGGUAGUGAUAGUGUGCUGAACUAA